AUGGAGACCGGCAAGCAGCGCUCCCGUGCCGCCCAAUUCCUUCUGGCCGCCGCUCUAGUUGCCGCCUUCACCGCGUGCGCUUCCGCCGCCGAUCCGGACCCCCUCAGAGACUUUGAGCCGCCUGAUUCCCCAGCCAACUACAACCCUCCCGACCUCUACUUCAAGUUCGAUCUGAGGCACGCGGCAAAUCCGGCGGAUGGCCCUGGGGGGAUCAUCUGGAAAGCGAACAGUGCGAACUUUCCCGCUCUGAGGUCGCAAGGCCUGUCGAGCGCCCUCUUCGCCAUCCGCCCGUGCGGCCAGACCCUGCCGCACACCCACCCGCGCGCGAGCGAGAUCGUGUACGUCAUCAGCGGGGGCCCCGUCCUGUUCGGUUUCGUGGACACCAACCACACCGCUCACCUAAACCUCCUGCGUGCGGGCGAGAUGACGGUGAUCCCCCGGGGCAUGCUGCACUUCUCACAGAACUUUGGCACGGGUGACGUCAUCUACUUCUCCGCGUUCAACAGUCAGAAUCCGGGAGUCAUUACCCAGUCCAAGGGCCUCUUCAACCUCCCCCCCGAAGUGGUGGCGACCACUUUCUCCCUGCCUCUGGACCAGGUCAGGGCUAUCAACGGAUCUCUACCGGUCACUACCGCGCCCACUCUAGGCACCUCAAACCAGGGCUGCGUGCCCGGGGUGAUCCCCCCCGAGCUUACUUACCUAGACGUUCUGGCUCCGAAGGGCGACCAGAACGUGUCUGCACCGGGCGGGUAUUAG